CCAAACAAACAUCCCUAUAAAAUCCUCCUUUGUUUCUCAAUCAUCUCUUCAGGUACCCUCUCCUCUCCUCUUCCGUUCACAAACACAAAACACAAGCCUCUCUUUUUGUUUUCCAAAACUGGACAAAAACAAGAAGAAUGUCUCUAACUAGCAGUUCCGUAAUCCCUACCAAAUCCUUGAUCCCCUCUAACAAGCCCCAUCAUCCUUGUUUCUUCACCACUAAACCUUCCAGAUCCAUCCUCCACAUCUCCGCUGUACACUCAGCUGAUCCUUCCAAAUCACCAUCACCCAUUAAAACACCUGCAGCAACAUCCACUAAAGCAGCAACCGUUGCUCCAACAACCAAUGUGGGUACUGGGAAAUGGACUGUUGAAAGCUGGAAAUCCAAGAAGGCCUUGCAACUCCCUGAAUAUCCUAACAAAGAAGACCUUGAUUCGGUUCUCGAAACCCUCGACGCCUUUCCUCCGAUUGUUUUCGCUGGUGAGGCCAGGAAUUUAGAGGAGAGGCUCGCUGAGGCUGCUAUGGGCAAUGCGUUUUUGCUGCAAGGAGGUGAUUGUGCUGAGAGUUUUAAAGAGUUCAAUGCUAAUAAUAUUAGGGACACUUUCAGGAUUCUUCUUCAAAUGGGCGCUGUUUUGAUGUUCGGUGGUCAAAUGCCCGUUAUCAAGGUGGGGAGGAUGGCAGGGCAGUUUGCGAAGCCAAGAUCGGAUCCACUGGAGGAAAAAAAUGGAGUGAAAUUACCAAGUUACAGAGGGGAUAAUGUGAAUGGAGAUGCUUUUGAUGAGAAGUCAAGGAUACCUGACCCACAGAGGAUGAUCAGGGCAUACUGUCAAUCAGCAGCCACUUUGAAUCUCCUCAGGGCGUUUGCUACUGGUGGUUAUGCAGCUAUGCAGAGGGUUACUCAGUGGAAUUUGGAUUUCACCGAGCACAGUGAGCAGGGAGAUAGGUACCGGGAACUUGCCCACCGGGUUGAUGAGGCCCUUGGAUUCAUGGCCGCAGCUGGUCUCACUGUUGAUCAUCCUAUCAUGACAACAACUGAGUUUUGGACAUCCCAUGAGUGCUUGCUAUUGCCAUAUGAGCAAUCACUUACUAGGCUGGAUUCAACCUCAGGUCUUUACUAUGACUGCUCAGCCCAUUUUCUUUGGGCUGGUGAGCGUACCAGGCAGCUAGAUGGUGCUCAUGUUGAGUUUUUGAGAGGAGUCGCAAAUCCCCUAGGAAUUAAGGUCAGUGAUAAGAUGGAUCCAAAUGAGCUAGUUAAGCUCAUAGAAAUUUUGAAUCCUCAAAAUAAACCUGGCAGAAUAACAAUCAUUACAAGAAUGGGAGCUGAGAACAUGAGAGUGAAGCUUCCUCAUCUAAUAAGGGCUGUUCGCAGGGCAGGACAAAUUGUCACAUGGGUCAGUGAUCCUAUGCAUGGAAACACCAUAAAGGCUCCUUGUGGGCUGAAAACUCGCCCAUUCGAUGCCAUCAGGGCGGAGGUGAGAGCCUUCUUUGAUGUGCAUGAGCAAGAAGGAAGCCACCCAGGAGGCGUUCAUCUAGAGAUGACUGGUCAGAAUGUGACAGAGUGCAUUGGUGGAUCACGGCCUGUGACAUUUGAUGAUUUGAGUUCACGCUACCACACCCAUUGUGAUCCCAGGCUCAAUGCUUCACAAUCUCUAGAGCUUGCAUUCAUCAUUGCAGAGCGUCUUAGAAAGAGGAGGAUUGGAUUACAACCUUCUAUUGCACCGGCAUUGCUGUAGAAUGACUGCCAAGGCGCAGCAAUAUAUUUGUUCUUUUUACUAAGUUGUUAUUAGUGGCUGUAUUGUGUAUACUGGAAGACAUGUGAUGUAUGUUGAGUUAAUUUAUGUUGUGUUGCCUCAUGUAAUGUAUGUGAAUACUGGAGGACAAUGAUAUUUGAGACCUUGAAGAACAUGGAAAUAAAGACAGACUGCAUUUCAAAAUGA